UUAAAAGUGUGUGUAGUUUGUAAAAUCAGCGUUUGAAUUGUAUUUCAUAACUGAAAGUAGGAACUCUUCUUUGGCGAAGGAAGGAAAAUAAAGUGAAACUUCAUCUGUCAGAUUUCUAACAAACGGGAUUUUAAGGUUUAUAUGCCGACUGCUUGAACCGAAUGAUGAGCGUCACAGAAUUUAAAGAAAGAGGAAAUGAAAAGUUCAAAGCUGGUGAAUUUGAAGAAGCCCUGUCCUUGUACACACAGGCGCUUGGCCUUGGGGAUCUCAAGGACUCUGACAAGGCAGUCAUUUACAAGAACAGAGCCAUGUGCCAGCUAAAGCUUGACAAAUUUGAGAAGGCAGUUGCUGAUGCUACAGAAGCUUUAGACUUGGUUCCAAAUGACCCGAAGGCUCUGUACAGACGCUGUCUUGCCUAUGAACAACUCGGCCAGCUUGAAAACGCGUUCAAAGAUGCCAGUUCUCUUUUAAGGGUGGAGCCGAAAAAUGUUGCUGUUCAACCCAUUCUUGCCAGACUUACACCAAUCAUACGGGAUAGGUCUACAAAACAGAACAGUAUGCAGGAGAAAGUGAAGCAGAUGUUCAACCUGGCCUUUGAUAAGAGCAAUGACAAGGAAAAGCGUCUUCAGGCGGCAAACAAUCUCAUCGUACUGGCUCGUGAAGAUGGUGGUAUACCUUUAAUCAUGGAACAUGGUGGGCUAGGCAAGCUGAAAGAGAUUACAUUUAAUGAAAAGGACCCGGAUUUGUUGCAAGCUGCCACCCGGAUAUUGUCAUGUUUAACACAGGACUCAAAAUCCAGGAGCCAGACAGUGUAUGAGGAGAUAGGAACGGUGCGCCUGGGCCAGCUUAUGGCUAUGCCAGUGGAAGGCCUGUCCAACUCCGUGGCUCAUCUUCUACUGAACAUGCUUCAUAGCAUAGCCAACUGGAGCGAGUAUCAGGUCAAGAUAGAGGAAUUUCAGGAGAAGAAACGCAACCGAGAUCCAGCAAUACAUCCAAGACUAGUUUUAGAUGAGUACCAGCAGAAGUUUGUAGACGAGGUGUUCACAGGCCUGAUCAAGAUGCUGCAGCACCACAAGGUGUCUGCGUGUGGCCGUGACGCGGCCAUGGAGCUCAUGAUCAAGACGGUCACACGCAAGGAGGGGCUGUUGUGGACCAAGAAACUGCUUGACACUGAGGCCAUUGAGGGGUUGCUGUUGAUAGCUGGUGCCAUAAAGCAGCACGAGACUCUGCCUGUCACAGACCAGUCUCGGAUGCAUGCGUCUCUCCUGCUCAACAAAAUCUGGGAGGAUCUGGCUGGAGACAAGGAAGCAGACAAGUUCAAGGAAAAAGUCAGCGUGUUUUUCAAGGAAAUGUUUGCCAAUGAAGACCUGGACUCCAAGGUUGAGGCUGUUAGAGCUAUAUCCAUGCUUUUACAGGGACCUUUCGAGAUAGGUAACAUGCUUCUGGGAUUUGAAGGUGUCACACAGAUCAUGUUGGCCUUGGCACAGAGUGAUAGAGUCAUGCACCAGCAAAUAGCUGUUGAAGCAAUCGUACAUUCUGCGUCAAAGAAGGAUCGCUGUGCAGGCCUGUUAGCAGAUGCAGUUCCUGUGUUGAAGAAAUUAUACAAAGACGGCGCGGAUGAUAACAUCAAAGUCAGAGCAUUAGUGGGAAUGUGCAAGCUAGGCUCGUUUGAGGGCUCAGAUGCAAGCAAUAGACCAAUGGCUGACGGCUCCACAAUAACUCUAGCCAAAGCUUGUCGCAAGUUCCUAUGCAGCCCAGAGGGCGACCUUCAGAUGAAGCAGUGGGCGACGGAAGGUCUGGCGUACCUGACUCUGGACGCUGACGUGAAGGAAGACCUGGUCACGGACCCGAAAGCACUCGCCGCUGUCAUUCAGGCUUGCAUGAACCCCAGCACCAGCCUGAUGUACGCUGCCUCGGUCCUGUUUGUGAAUCUCACCAAUAGCACGGAUAAGAGAGAAAUAGCCCCUGAGAUGGUGGAACUGGCCAAGUACGCAAAACAACACAUUCCAGAGGAACAUCCUAAGGACAAGCCCGAGUAUGUGAAAGAGCGUGUGAGUCGGCUGGUGUCCUCAGGCAUGCUACGAUGUCUGUCCGCCCUGGCCAUGACUGAAAGCAAAAACACCAGGGAACAGGUGGCCAGAGUUUUCCUGACAGUGUCCACAGAGGAGGGUUAUAGAGGGCAAAUUGUUCAAGCCGGGGGUGUCAAGCUGUUGCUCAACCUGUCUCUAGAGAACAACACGGACGUUGGCAAACAUAGUGCGGCCCAGUCCCUGGCUAAGAUUGCUAUUACACAAGAUCCCAGGAUCUCAUUCUCAGGACAGAGGAUGUACGAGGUGGUGCGUCCUCUUGUCUCUCUGUUGAACAUCGAGAGGACUGGCCUGCAGAACUUUGAAGCUCUCCUUGCACUCACCAACCUGUCAUCCAUUAGUGACUCUGUCAGAGAACGGAUAGUAGCGGAGAAAGGGAUACCAAUGAUAGAGCAAUACAUGUAUGAGGAACACGAGUUGAUCCCAAGGGCGGCCAUAGAAUGCAUGUGCAACAUGGUUAUGAACGAAAAGGUGGCAAAAACAUUUGAGGGUGAAAAUGACAAGGUCAAGUUUUUCACACUCAUGUGCGGAGAUGACGAUGAUAAGAUUGUACGGGCAGCUGCAGGGGCACUGGCCGUGUUAACGGCAGACAGCGAUAUUGUCUGUAAGAAGAUCACACAGGUGACCAAAUGGGACGAGAUACUUAUGUCAGUGGUUGUCAACGAGUCCCCAGAUAUCCAACACCGCGGCUGUUACAUUGUAAAGAACAUUUUACAGGCUAGCAAGGACAUAGCGGAGAAGAUAUUUGCUGGACAGUUUAUGGAGGUCCUGAUGGCAGUGUCUUUGCUGAAGGAACCGGAGAGAGCCAGUGCCAAGGAAUGCUGUCUGGAGGCCUUGAAAAUUGCUGAGGAAUACAACAUCAUCCAGAAAAACCUGGACCAAUUAUGAACAACUCCACGUAUUGUGACUAGCUAAAUGUUUUGAAAAUGACUGAAGAAUAGUUUCUUAAGGUAAACAACAGCUACUGAUGAGCAACCAGUGUGACUUGGUUGACAUAAUGAAAAUGGCUAAACAAUACCACAUUAAUGACCAAUAGAACAUGGCUGAACAAUACAAUAUGGCCAAACAAUACAUCAUUCAGAAAGGCCCACCAGAAAAAAGUAGCAUGUGGUUUAUGUAUUAUUUAACCAUGGCCGAAGAAUACAACGUCAGUCUGAAAUACACCGGCCAAAUAUGAUGCAAGCAGUUUAUGAACCUGAUCAAUAUUAUCAAGCUCAUAAAGACAUAUAUCAAGGUCACAAGGAACUGUUUGGUCAUUAUUUUAAAGUUCAUGUAACAGGUUCGUCAAUAUGUUCAGGUCCUAAGUAACCGUUUGGUCAUUAUUUUAAGUGAAAAGUAAAUCUGUCAAUACAUUUAGUAAAGCUUCAUAUUUUACAUAUUUAAUCAAUAUUAAAUGUUGUUACUUAAAAGUUAUAACAAUUUACUUGUUUUUUCAUUGUUAAUUUACAAUUUUAUACUGCAAGUUGUUGAAAAAUGUCUUAUAUGAACAAAGACCUGCCAUGUUUUGUAUGCAAGGUGCAAUAUUUAUUGUGUUUGCAGUGUUGAGUGUAUUUUCCUAUUGUAAAUAAUAUUUUUGCACAAAAUA